CGCAGCGAUGCGCGCCAAACAGCUGAUGGACUCCAACCUCAAAAAGUUUUGCUGCGAGAAUUUGAAUUUAUUGUGGAGCUUUGCAUAAUGUUGCCGCUGCGCUGGAGUUUGCUAAAGCCGCUCCAGAAUGGAUACCGGCAGGGUCGUCGUUACCUGGCCCAGAAGAACCUCCUGGAGCUCACGGAUCGCGGAUUUUUCCAAGGCAUUUUCCCGGACACAGCGGCGCCCAAAAUGAAACAGCUCUUCACCAGUGGCCAGCAGAGCAUCUACGCAGGAUUCGAUCCCACCGCCGACAGCCUGCACGUGGGUAAUCUCCUCGUGAUUAUGGGCCUCAUCCACUGCCAGAGAUCGGGUCACAGGCCAAUUGCCCUGGUUGGAGGAGCCACUGGUCUCAUUGGGGAUCCCAGUGGACGCAAGACGGAGCGCAAUCAACUGGGCGAGUCGGUGAUCGAGACCAAUCUGAGGGCCAUCGAGCAGCAGCUGAGACAGGUGUUCGAGAAUCACGAAAAGUGCCUCUGGGACACGAGCAAACACAAAUCUCCACUACCUCCACUAAAAAUCGUCAACAAUGCCGACUGGUAUGCCGACCUGCAGCUCAUUGACUUUGUGGCCAAUAUGGGUCGCCACUUCCGCAUGGGUUCCAUGCUCUCCAGAUCCUCGGUGCAGUCGCGCCUGGAAUCGGAGGACGGCAUGAGCUUCACCGAGUUCACCUACCAGAUCUUCCAGGCCUACGAUUGGCUGCAUCUGUUAAGGCGCCACAACUGCUGCUUCCAAAUGGGCGGCUCUGAUCAGACGGGCAACCUGAUGACCGGUCACGAGCUCAUCAGUCGGGUGGAGCGCAAGCGGGAGGUCUUCGGACUAACCCUGCCUCUGGUCACCACGCAGGAGGGCGACAAGUUUGGCAAGUCGGCGGGCAAUGCCGUGUGGCUGGACGGGAACAAGACCUCGCCCUUCGCCCUCUACCAGUUCUUCCUGCGCAUGCCAGACUCCGAAGUGGAGAAGCUUCUCAAGCUGUUCACCUUCAUCCCGCUGCCGCAAAUCGAACAGUUAAUGAACGAACACACGAGGGAGCCGGAGAAGCGCAAGGCGCAGACGCUACUGGCCGAGGAUGUAACCCUAUUAGUUCAUGGAGAAAAUGGACUGAAGCAGGCGGAGCGUGUGACCAAUGCCUUGUACAAGGGCAAUGUGGAGGGAUUGGCGGAGCUGAACCUCGCCGAGAUCCAGCAGACCUUCCAGGGAGCCACCAUGGUGGAUCUGUUGACCGAGCCCGGAAUGUCCAUCCUGGAGUUGGCCAUGAAGGCCAAGUGCUUUCCCACCGAGACCGAUGCCGUGCGCAUUAUAAAUGCAGGUGGAUUCUAUGUCAACCAGAAGCGAGUGCAGAAUAUUGCCGAGGUGCUCACCACGGGAAUACACAUCCUGCGGAACGGAGUGUCCCUGCUGCGCGUGGGCAAACGCAACUUCUACAUCGUGCGCUGGCAAUAGCCCUCACAAAACACUUGUUAUCCGGUAAUUGUAACUUGUUAUUUGUGUUAAAUAAUCAUAGGUUGUACAGCUA